UGCUGUGUAUGUUAUCGUUAUCAGCCCACCUGCCCAAAACUGACGUAACAUUCGCGUUCUUUCGCGUGGUAAAUCCUGCUUUUAACUCCCAUAAAAACCCUCCCCCACAAAAUGAUCCGGCUAAAUGGGCUGUUAAGAAGCUCCUCGAAGUUGCUGAGCAGCCAGGUGCGAUUGCUCCACGUGGGGGAGGCUAAUAUCCUACCCAGCGAGGUGGACAAGCAGUCCGCCGAGUUCAAGGAAAAUGCCAGCGAGAUGGGCAGGUUGGUCGGAGAACUGCGUAACUUUACCAGCCAGGUGCUGAAGGGCGGCGGGCAGAAGGCCAUCGAGCGACACACCUCGCGAGGCAAACUCUUGGCCAGGGACCGCAUCAACCUGCUUUUGGACAAGGGAUCACCCUUCCUGGAACUCAGUGCUCUGGCUGGCCACGAGCUGUACGGCGAGGAGGUGGUCAACUCCGGAGGAAUCGUGACUGGAGUGGGUCGCGUUUGUGGUACGGAGUGCCUGGUGGUGGCCAACGACGCCACGGUAAAGGGCGGCAGCUACUAUCCCAUUACCGUGAAGAAGCAUCUGCGCGCCCAGGAGAUCGCGCAAGAAAACCGCCUGCCCUGUAUUUACCUCGUGGAUUCGGGAGGCGCCAACCUGCCGCGCCAGGCCGAUGUCUUCCCAGAUAAACUUCACUUCGGACGCAUUUUCUACAACCAGGCGAACAUGUCGGCCCAGGGAAUUCCUCAAAUCGCCGUUGUGAUGGGAAGCUGCACAGCCGGAGGAGCCUACGUCCCGGCAAUGGCCGACGAGAGCAUCAUUGUGAAGAAGCAGGGAACCAUUUUCCUAGCUGGUCCACCACUGGUGAAGGCAGCCACUGGAGAGGAGGUGUCCGCAGAAGAUUUGGGAGGGGCCGACCUCCACUGCAAGACCUCGGGAGUCACCGACCACUAUGCCGUAGACGACGAGCACGCCUUGUACCUAGCCCGGCAGAUUGUGAGCAACCUAAACUUACCCGCCACGAAUGCCUACAACGAUCAGCUGACGCACUCCAGUCAAGCCAACUUCCAAGGGGCUACUCCGCCAGCCGCCGUAGAGGAGCCACGCUACGAUCCUCGUGAGCUGUACGGCAUCGUGGGCCCCAAUCUUACCAAGAGUUUCGACGUACGCGAGGUAAUUGCCCGCAUCGUGGACGGAAGCCGCUUCACGGAGUUCAAGAAAUUAUAUGGCGAGACUUUGGUGUGCGGAUUUGCAAAGCUCUAUGGCCAUACGGUGGGAAUAGUGGGAAACAAUGGAGUACUCUUCUCGGAGAGCGCCCUCAAGGGCGCCCACUUCAUUCAAUUAUGUGCACAGCGCAAGAUUCCACUAGUGUUCUUGCAGAACAUAACCGGUUUCAUGGUGGGACGUGAUGCUGAGGCCAAUGGUAUUGCCAAGAACGGAGCGAAGAUGGUAACGGCCGUGGCCUGCGCUAAUGUGCCCAAGUUCACGGUGAUUAUCGGUGGAUCCUACGGAGCAGGCAACUACGGCAUGUGCGGACGGGCCUACUCGCCUCGGUUCCUCUAUAUGUGGCCAAACUCCCGUAUCUCUGUGAUGGGCGGCACUCAGGCGGCCAAUGUCAUGGCUCAGAUUACCCAGGAUCAGCGCAAGCGUGCUGGUAAGGAGUUCAGCGAGGAGGAGGCCCAGAAACUGAAGGCUCCCAUUGUGGAAAUGUUCGAGGCGGAGGGCUCUCCUUACUAUAGUACGGCACGCCUGUGGGACGACGGCAUUAUCGAUCCGGCCAACACGCGCCAGGUCCUGGGCCUCAGUCUUAAGGCAGCGCUCAAUAAUGCCGGCCAGAACACCAAGUUUGGAGUCUUCCGCAUGUAAAUCUAAUUUGCAUGCCCACGAAUGGAACUCUGGGUGCAUUUAAAGGCAUCUAAUGCCAGCCUUAUUUCGAAACUGUUGCAUUUAUUAGCGUUAAGUCAAUUGUUAAUCGUGUCAUUUACCACUGAGUAUCUAUUUAAAAAUCAAAUAAUGAAGAGGAUCAA